AUGUCCGGGGACGCCUCACCUCCCGCGGCCGCCGCGAGGCGUCGCUCGUGUCAUCUUAGCUGGAAGCGGCGCCAUUACAGCAAUUGCGGACUCGUCUCAUCCUUGUCCGUUUUCCCUCCAGUCCGUCUGUUCCGUGUGUGGUUGGUUCAACAAGGGUUGAGGUACAUGUCUCGUGACGUCAGCGGCGACCUGGCCGUGUAUGUGUGUCGUCGCCUCCCACGUACCUCCGUAAUAGAAGUUCGCGUCGAAGCUCGUCCCCACUAA